CCAGCCAGCUUCCUGAGCCCGUGGAUGCCUCCCGCGCUGAGCCAUGGGGGAGUGGACCAUCCUGGAGCGGCUGCUGGAGGCAGCAGUCCAGCAGCACUCCACCAUGAUUGGACGGAUCCUGCUGACGGUGGUGGUGAUCUUCCGCAUCCUGAUCGUGGCCAUCGUGGGUGAGACAGUGUACGAGGACGAGCAGACCAUGUUCAUCUGCAACACCAUGCAGCCGGGCUGCAACCAGGCCUGCUACGACAAGGCCUUCCCCAUCUCGCACAUCCGCUACUGGGUCUUCCAGAUCAUCCUGGUGUGCACGCCCAGCCUGUGCUUCAUCACCUACUCGGUGCACCAGUCGGCCAAGCAGCGCGACCGCCGCUACUCCUUCCUCUACCCGCUUCUGGAGAAGGACUACGGGCGCGGCGAGGGCACCCGCAAGAUCCGCAACAUCAACGGCAUCCUGGUGCACAACCCCGAGAGCGGCGGCAAGGAGGAGCCCGACUGCCUGGAGGUGAAGGAGAUCCCCAACGCCCCUCGCGGGCUCACGCACGCCAAGAGCGCUAAGGUGCGGCGGCAGGAGGGCAUCUCCCGCUUCUACAUCAUCCAGGUGGUGUUCCGCAACGCCCUGGAGAUCGGCUUCCUGGCCGGCCAGUACUUCCUGUACGGCUUCAAUGUGCCGGGCAUCUUCGAGUGCGACCGCUACCCCUGCGUCAAGGAGGUGGAGUGCUACGUGUCGCGGCCCACCGAGAAGACGGUCUUCCUGGUCUUCAUGUUCGCCGUGAGCGGCAUCUGCGUGGUGCUCAACCUGGCCGAGCUCAACCACCUUGGGUGGCGCAAGAUCAAGACGGCCAUCCGCGGCGUGCAGGCCCGCCGGAAGUCCAUCUGCGAGGUGCGCAAGAAGGACCUGUCGCACCUGUCGCAGGCGCCCAACCUGGGCAGGACCCAGUCCAGCGAAUCCGCCUAUGUUUGA